AUGGCCGACGCGGAAAUGGACAUCGACACGGCCACGCCCUCCGCCGCCGUCGAGGAGGACAAGGCCCCCGUCGCAGAGGACAGCAGCAACGUCAAGGGCGCCGAGGCGCGCACCCAGGCGGGCGCUGUCGCCGUCCGCUCGAUUGAGGGCUGGAUCGUUAUCGUCACGAAUGUCCACGAGGAGGCGAGUGAGGAGGACUUGACGGAUCUGUUUGGCGAGUUUGGCGAGAUUAAGAAUUUACAUCUUAAUCUGGAUCGGCGCACGGGUUAUGUUAAGGGCUACGUCCUAAUCGAGUUCCCGACGCUAGAGGAGGCCAAAGCGGCCAUCGACGGCGCCAACGGCAAGAAGCUGCUGGACCAGACGAUCGCGGUCGAGUAUGCGUUUGUGCGGCCGCCGCCGAAGCAGGCCGGGCAGGGCGGGAGCGGGCGGGGCGGCGGGCGCGCGGGCGCGGCGCGCGGCGCUCGCGCUCGUAGCAGGAGUCCUGGCGCCGAUCGCGAGCGCAGCAGGAGCCCGGACGUCAAGGACGUCGAGGUCGAGUGA